AUGAAGGUCUUUGUCACCGUCUCCACCCGUCCCAACAAUGGCCCCGUCGCCCUAGAGGUCUCCAAGGAUGACACGUUGGUGAGCGUCAAGGCAAAGCUCCACGACAUGGUGGGGAUCUCGCCGUCGCGGCAGCGCCUCAUGUUUGCCUUCUCGGCCUUGCCGGACGAUGAUGACACAACAUUAGCCGACCAUGGCGUCACCGACCUGUCCAUGUUCCAUCUCGUGAUGAUGAUGAAGAUGCAGGUGUUCGUGAAUUGCAUGUAUGGCACCAUCACCAUCUCCGGCACGGAUAUUAACAACACUGUCGAGAGCUUCCGGCUCGCGGUGCAGCUCGCGGUGCUGCAGAAAUACGGCACCGGGAUCCAGCCGGCGCAACAGCGGCUCAGCUACGGCGGAAAGCAGCUGGAGGACGGCCACAUCCUCAUGGACUACAACAUCCAGGAAUGCGCAACCAUUCAGCUUCUCUGCCGACCUUGCCGUUUACGAAGAAGGGUGGUCGAGCUGGACAUCGAGGAUACAGACACGGUGGGCAGGAUCAAGGAGCGGGUGGAGGAGGCGGAGAGGGUUGGCCUGCCAACGCAUCUACUACUGUGGCAACGAGUUGGACGACAGUUGUGCGCUCGCUGA